AUGCGAGCCGAAACACCCCACACUCUAUCGGUUGCACUUGCUUUUCUGCCUCUCGACAACGCGCAUCUCUCCGCCAACGGGACUGCGACGUGCCUCCAGCUCGAGAACGAAAGGCUCUUUGUUUCAGUCAAUAAGAUGAUCAGCGGCAUCGACACGCUUGUGAUUGACGGACAAGACCUGCUGGGGUCACGAGCGUGCAUACCUUGCACACCGGGAGGCUCUUCAGGCAACGGUCAAUACAGCAUCAGUCGUUACCUUGAUUGCUAUUGCAUAUCAGCUACUGGUUGCUCAAGCGCAGGGUUUGGUUCAUACACACCGGGUUCUAUUGGACCCACCUACGAGCUGUUCUACAGCAGCGACUUAAACAAUGUAUCUUAUUGUGGAGUUGUGAUGAGCGAGAUGUAUCCGCCUACCGGCCCGUCACGUUAUCGCGCAAGUCCGUGCGACUAG